AUGGAGGGAGAUAUGUCAGCGGCCCAAGCCAAUUAUGCCCUAAAACUGUUAUUAGAGGCAUCGGCACCUCAUGCAACUGUGAUUCUGUCACCGUUUUCGAUCGCUUCGGCCCUUGCUAUUGCAUACCUUGGAGCUGACGGGAAUACCAAAAAUGAGUUGCAGAAUUUACUCGCUAAAGGAUGCAGUGACGAUCAGUUUCACCAUUAUAUCUCACAGAACUUGGAAGACAUUGCAAAAGGUGGUGAUAAAUAUACGCUGACCGUUGCAAAUCAUUUGUUCUACAACAAAGAUUUUGAGAUGAAAGAAAGUUAUGUUAAUGCUGUUAAAGCGAAGUAUUCUGGGCAGUUAGAAUCUAUUGACUUCUCCCAAGCGAACGCAGCUGCAUCGAAGAUCAACAACUGGGUAGCAGAACAGACAAAUUCAAAGAUAACAAACUUGGUGAACCCCGCCAUUAUCAAGCCACUAAUGCGCUUAAUAAUUCUGAACGCAGUUUACUUCAAGGGAGAGUGGGCAUCAAGGUUCCAAAAGGAGCUUACAGCAAAGAAGCCAUUUUACAGUGCUGAAGGACAGGAACGGGAGGUAGAUACGAUGCAAAAGGUAGAUAACUUUGAUUAUUAUGAAGAUAGCGAUGUUCAGUUACUUGGGAUUCCUUACAAAGGCAAUGAAGUGAUAAUGUACAUUUUGUUACCUGUCGAAAAAUUCGGCCUCGCAAAACUCUUAGCAAACACCGAUGGUAAAAAGUUAUUGGAUUAUAUGACGCAAACCGUAAAAACGAAAGUUCAGGUAAAAAUACCGAAGUUUCGUUUGGAAAAGGGUUUUGAGUUGAGCGAAGUUUUGGCUAAAAUGGGCAUAGGCGAAGCUUUCUCGUCUAAUGCAAAUUUCACCAAGAUGAGCGACGAAUCUCUGUAUAUAUCCAAUGUUAUUCACAAAGCUUUUGUUGAGGUGAAUGAAGAAGGGACAGAAGCUGCAGCUGCUGCAGCAAUUGGUGUAAUGAUGCGAGCGGCACCGAUGCCUAUGCGAAACCCUCCUAAGUUUAUUGCUGACCAUCCGUUUAUGUUUGCUAUUGCUAAGGGUGAUAAUUUGUUGUUUGUUGGCAAGUUUUAUUGA